UGGGGGGGGGGGGAAUGAAGGACUGGAAUUGGAGGGGAGAUGGGAUGAAGUGUUGUUUUUCGGUUUUGGUUUUGGUUUUGGAUAAGAGGCGAGAGAAAAGGCGGGUUGAAUGAACUGUCUCUGGAUGGUCCAAGGGGGGCCAACAAGCUGGGACGAGGAUUGGAAAGGAGGGAGGGAAAGCGUGGGUCUGGCUUUUGGACGGAGGGAGCAAGAGGCAGUCGACGGAUGGAACGAUUGGGGCGGGCCUAGCAGAGACGAUUGUUUUUCGCUUAAACGCCGCGAGAGGAGUGGCAGCGGGCGUUGUUUGUUGUUGUUGGGCUGUGUGUGGGUUUUUGUUGCAGUGGGGUUUAUGGAUUAUGGAUUAUGGGAUUAUGGGAGAUGGGGAGAUGGGGACAUGGAGAUCAGGAGAAUGCGAUCGGGCGUGGGACCAGAAGGGAGUGGUUUGCGCCUUUUCGUUGGGGGUGGGGAAAGGGGAUUCAAGAGGAGUAGUCUUAGGAAGCAAGGCAGAGAGACCAGAGACACGACACAAGAGACAAGAGAUUAAG